UCAUAACAUGUCAAAAUGAUCAAAAGUUUUGGGUUGCAAACUUUUGUUUUGUCUAAGUUUAUUUUGCUAUUUUUCCUCAUUCCAUGGGUUUUUCCGCGAUACCAAAAUAAGUUAACUAUUCAUUGUUCUAUAAUACUUUAAAUCACAAUCACAUCACAAUGUUGAAGAAUAUAGAAAUACGUAAAUUGCCCGUUGGAUCACUUUACAACAUCGCAGAUAUUUUAGAAACCAAUCAGGAUUGGAAAAAAGUAAUGGCUAUCAUACCAAAAAAUCCUCAAAGUAGUGAUUUUGAACCUAAAUACAAUAAUGAACACAUAAGAUUAAUCGAGGACCAUUCCCGAUCUACUGGGAGGAAAUGUGCUGAAAUUCUAAUAGAAGAAUGGAGUACUUCAGGCAGGAUCAGACCAACACUCAGCACCUUGAAAGAUAUUGUUCUGAAGGCUGAAAUUUAUCGAGCCGCUGAUGCCCUAGCUGCACUUUUACAAGAAAAUGAACCAUCAAGACCUCAGCAUGGUCCAGCAGCCCAGAUAGACAUUGACAUAUCAAAAAUGCUGGAAAGUGACUCUUUAAACAAUUUCAACACCACCAACUCUGUAAAGAGGGAAUACUUUGAGAAGACGACACAACAGCUACAGAGGCCUACCGAUGAGCUGGAGAAAAUGAUUGGAGAACAACCCACACUGCAGAUGAAGUCCGCUAGCAACAUGAUCGAGUUUUCUGCAGACAUGAACUCAGCAGACAUUCCUAACAUAAGUGCACUUCAACCUUUGUCAAAUAAGUCCACUAUGCCUCUGAAAUCUGACAGUGACCUGAUCAAGUUCUCAACUAAAUACCCAAUACCAGAGGUUAAUGUGGAAGAGCCAACUUUAGAAUCUGUAAAUAUUCCACACUUCAGUGCAAUGAUGUCUGCAUCUGAGAUUGAUAGUAAGACCCACAUUGAGUCUACACAACCCAGUUAUGAGUCAACAGGCUCACAGUUCACAGGUCCGGGCAGCGAACCACCACUGGGCUCCAUGCAGUCAGUCAGUACAUACCAAAUGUCUUUACCCAACAUAGAUUUUGAAGAAAACAAUUCAUCCAGUGGCAUUGACAGUCUCAUUUUACAGGAUUCCAAUCUUAUCCACUUUGAGUACCAAGAACUAUAUGAGAUAACUGGUAAAUUCUCAGAGAAACUUAUCAAAGGUCCAUAUGGGCCAAGUGGGCGCAUCGGCAGUGGGGGAUUUGGAGAAGUGUUUGUAGGAUUCCACCCAAAACAUGGGCCUCUAGCUAUCAAGAAGGCCCAUAGCCAUUUACCAUUUGACAAAAGUUUAGCAAUGAAGUUUUUCAAUGCAGAAGUGAAAUAUUUGUCUCAAUUUAAACACACAAAUAUUGUGCCUAUACUUGGUCUGUCCAAAAAUGGACCUGAUAUGUGUAUUGUCUGUGAAUUUGUGGAAGGAGGAUCUUUGGAAGAAAAACUUGCUGCUAAGGUAUUGACUGAAAGUCAAAGGAUAAAGAUCAUGGUUGGAACUGCAGAAGGCUUGAAGUACCUGCAUGGGAGCGGUAACACAGACCAUGACCUGGGUCAAACAGAGUCACAGAACUCAAAAAAGAACAAUUUUCUUCAUGGUGAUGUUAAAAGUGCCAACAUUUUGUUAACUCGAAAUUGUGUACCAAAACUCUGCGAUUUUGGAUUAGCCAAACAAUUUGACUCUACAUUUAUAAUGACGUCGCCAAUGGGAACUUCUGCAUACAUGGCACCUGAAGGUUUUUCAGGUACUAUCACUCAGAAAAUAGACAUUUACAGUUAUGGCAUAGUACUACUGGAGUUACUAACAGGAUUUAAGGCUAUUAUUGUGAAUAGUAGUGAAACCAUAAAUAUCCAACUUUAUAUUGAAGAAAACUGUGUCGACAACGAUAUAACACCACUUUUGGAUCCAGUAGUCAAGAAUUGGACGAAAGCAAAUGAAAUUUACGACUUAUCCUUAAAGUGUUUGGAAAGGCAGAGAAAAAGUAGACCAUCUAUAGAUGAAGUUUGUGAUAUUUUGUGUAAAACAGUACUGUGAUAAAAAAGACAGUAAUAGCUAUUGAUUAACAUAGCUUUAUUUUCUACAGAGAAACUUAAUACAUAGUUACAUAUUUUACAUUAAUAAAAUUACUACACUGUAGGUUUCAAAUUUGUUAACAAUUUGUCAAACCUCUUCUUUAGCUUAUUGUUUUUAUUACAGAUAUCAGUUAAUGAUAAUA